UCCAGCACGCUGACUUGAAAGUCAAUCUAAUUAAAGCCAUUGGUGAUAGCAAGGUGACCAAGCAAAUGUAUCUGUAUGCAUUUGAGCCUUCCCAAGAGUUCUGACUAUAGGAUGGCAGAGCCUUCAGAUGUUCCUACUCUUUCACCUGUGGCAAGAAAGAAGACAAGUUUAACAAUCCAGGACAAAAUUGCCAUAAUAACCACCAUAGAAAAUGGCAAGAAGACAGAGAUUGCAGAAAAAUAUGGCAUAAAGAGAAACUCCUUGUAUUCCAUUAUGAAGAACAAAGAUAACAUUUUAGAAGCAUUUGAAUCUUUGCCAUUUGACCCUAAAAGAAAAAGGUUAAGGAUGGCACAUUAUACUGAUCUGGAAGAAGCUUUGGUGAAGUGGUACCAAAUGGCUCAGUGUUCAAAUGUGCGAAUAAAUGGACCCUUGCUACGCAUCAAGGCCAAUUAUUUUGCAGAGAAACUUGGACAUCAUGAUUUCAAAUGCAGCAAUGGCUGGCUAGAUCGCUUUAAAUCAAGGUAUGGAUUAGCAUUCAGAUCUCAGUCGGUAGCAGCUAAUGCAACUACUCUGACCACUGUUACUACAGUGGAUGCAUUAACAGUUUGGCAUCAAAGUAUUCUGCCUUACUAUUUAAAGAUAUAUCAGCCAAAUGAUAUAUUUAACAUGAAAGAGACAAGAUUGUUUUAUCAGAUGGUACCUAGUCAUACAUUUGUUUUUAAAGGAGAAACAUGCUCCGUGGGAAAAGUGAGCAAGGAAAAGAUAACUCUUGUGGUUGGUGCAAACAUGGAUGCCUCUGAGAAACUUCCUUUGCUUGUCAUUGGAAAAAACAAAACUCCCUAUAGCUUUCAGAGUACAAAGUCACCUCUUGUAAAAUACCAGUCCAGUGCUAUGCCAUGGAAGACUUCAGAUAUGUUUGAACAAUGGCUGAGCAAGCUUGAUAUGAAGUUUCAAACACAGAAGCGUCACGUCGUUAUUUUUGUGGACCCUUUCCCAGAUUUUCCAGAGGUAAAGAAUUUAAAGUGUAUCAGACUUGUAUGCUUUCCUUCUUGUUCCCCUUCUAGAUUUGCAGCUAUGAAACAUGGUAUUAUUAAGAAUCUGAAAAUCAGAUAUCGAUCUCUUCUUUUCAAGAAAUUUAUAGACUGUGUAGACAGUGGCAAGGAAUUCUCAGUGACUCUGCUUAAUGCCCUUGAUAUGUUGCAGCUUUGUUGGAGGGCUGUAUCCUCAGGGACAAUUAUUAACAGUUAUAUUGAAGCAGGGUUUAAAUCAGGCUCUGGGGAAAAGGCUGAUGUAGAUGCAGAAGUUGAAAUUAGCUUCAGUUUGACUGCGUAUGCACUGGCUGCAGGAGUACAAUUUCCAACAGUCUUAUCUUUGGAAGAAUAUGCAGCUUUGGAUGAUGACUUGAUAACCUGUGAAAUGACUCCUAACAGUGAGAUACAAUGUAACCAAAAUUUUAUUUCAAGUCAAAUUUGUGGAGAACAUGAAGGCAGUGGGUUUUCUCAACCUCCAUCACAAAACACAAGGCCUGGUCUACUUUAGAUACUCUUUAAAAAAUUAUCACAAAAUGUCAAUUGAAUUAAUAUCAUCAUAAUUACCUAGCAGUCUUAGAAAUUUUAUAACAUCCAUAUAAGCAUUCAGAUGGAAUAUUUUAAUUGACUGGUACGUUUUAAAGAUGGCCAUACGGUGCAGACCUCAGUUCAGAGCUAUACCC